UCAAAAGAUAUUUUAUUUUCUAACCCAAAUUCUAAUCAACUCCAUUAGCAUUUCCAAGGGGCUAUAAUUCUCUCUGCUACCUACAGUAGAACUGACCUCAUCCCAUACCUACUUCAUGUCUUCAAAUACGCCCCUACUAAGUGGUAAGUCUACAGGUAAUGCAUACACUUCGAAUGAUGGAUCAUGUUUGAAAUCUCAAGGGUCCUCCAGUUCAAUCCAUAAACAAUUGAAUACUAUCAAAAAUUCAAAAAGUUCAAAAGUUCCAGCUUCUUCAUGUAAAAAGGUUAAGCAUAAAGACGCAAAACUUGGAACUUUUGAAGGGGUAUUCCUUCCAACCUCCCUCAAUGUGUUAUCCAUUCUUAUGUUUCUUCGGUUUGGUUUCAUUAUUGGCCAAAUGGGUAUUGCUGGUACAUUUCUUCUCCUUAUUAUGUCUUACACAAUAGACAUACUAACAACGUUGUCUAUCAGUGCCAUCUCAACAAACGGGACCGUCAAGGGUGGUGGUGCUUACUAUAUGAUCUCUAGAUCUUUGGGUCCAGAGUUUGGUGGUGCUAUCGGGGUCAUUUUUUUCAUUGGUCAAAUUUUAAACCUGUCUUUGAAUGUAGUUGGUUUUAUUGAACCAUUAAUGGUUAAUUUUGGUAAAUUGAAUGGUGAUAUGCUUCCAAUUCUACCAGUGCUGUACAUGUGGCAAGUUCUUUAUUCAACAGUCUUGUUGGCAAUUUGUACUGGUAUUGCUCUUGUUGGAGCAAGUCUUGUUUCCAAAACCGCAUUUUGGUUAUUUAUAAUCUUGACUUUAAGUACUCUCUCUAUACCAGUCCUGUCAUUAUUUGUCCGACCAUUCCAUCCAUUCCCAGCUCCAUUUGAUGAUCUCUAUUACACUGGUCUUUCUUGGUCUACUUUUAUUUCAAACUUGUGGCCAAAUUUCACUAGUGGUGCUGCAGGUUCAGUUCAACCACCAGGAGUUCCUGAAACUUUCAAGAAUCUUUUCGGGAUUUUCUUCCCUGCAACUGCAGGUAUAUUUGCUGGUGCUUCAAUGUCUGGUGAUCUUAAGAAUCCAUCUCAAUCGAUUCCAAAUGGGACUUUAAAGGGUCUUGCAAUUACUUUUGUACUUUAUUCCUUGGUUAUUGCAUCCAUGGGAUCUUCCAUUCCAAGGGAUCUCUUACACCAUGAUAUAAAGGUAAUACAAACUGUGUCUCUACAUGGAAUCAUUAUUAUCUUGGGUGAAUUCUCAACCUCACUUUUUUCUGUCAUUAUGGGAAUUGUUGGUGCUGCACUGAUGCUUUCAGCAAUUGCAGAUGAUAGAAUCAUUCCUGGAUUGAGUAUAUUCACAGUAGGGAAAAAAUCAGAAAAGGAAAAGAAGAGAGCUCAAACAAUUUCAAUUAUUGCAACUUGGUUCAUUGCUCAAAUUUUCCUUUUUGCAGAUAUUAAUCAGAUUGCAACUUUUAUUACAAUGGCUUUUCUUAUGACCUUUAUUGUAACAAAUUUGGCUUGUUUCUUAUUAAAGUUGGGUUCUGCUCCAAACUUCCGUCCUUCUUUCAAAUAUUUUAGUAGCAAGACUGCAUUCAUGGGUGCAACUACAUCUGUUUUGGCCAUGUAUAUCGUUGAUGGUCUCUCAGCAUCUUUAGUCAUUGUUUUUCUUUUCUUUUUGAUUAUGAUGAUUCAUUACCUGACUCCACCACUGAAAUUUGGUGAUAUUUCUCAAUUGUUGAUUUAUCACCAAGUUAGAAAAUACCUUCUACGUCUUAAAUUGCAAAUGAGUGUUAAGUAUUGGAGACCACAAAUUCUUUUACUUUGUGAUGAUCCAAGAACUUCUUGGAAUUUAAUUGGAUUUUGUAAUCACUUGAAGAAGGGAGGUUUAUACAUUUUAGGGCAUGUGGUAAUUAUGGGCGAUGAUACUGAAAAGGGACCAGUUCCUGGUGGUAAUACAUUUAGCUCUAAUGCAUUUAAAGAGCUUCAGAAACAAAACCAAGCAUGGGUAAAGCUUCGGGAUAUGUCUAAAAUCAAGGCAUUUGUACAACUUGCCUUGGGUCCUACUUUACCAUGGGGGGUUAGAAAUGUGUAUUUGGGAUCCGGUCUUGGAGGAAUGAGACCAAAUAUUACUGUCAUUGGAUUUUAUGAUUUCCUGAAACACGGUGUUCUGUUACCUACAAGUCGACAAUUGGAUGAAUUGCCUACAGAUUUUUUAAGAAAGGAAAGAAAAGUUUCAAUUAAUCAAUGGGUUCAAAUUAUUGAAGACUUGAUUAUUAUGCAAGCAACUGUUGCAGUUGCUGCCAACUUUGGUGGCAUUGAUCUCCCACAGAAUGUACACAAGCCGCAUUUUUGGAGUCAACCAAAGAUGAAUUCAAAUGGUGCAAAGUUUAUUGAUCUUUAUCCUAUUCAAAUGUCAUCUGUUGAUACCCUUGAAGAUGGUAAAUCAGUUCUUUCUACAAAUUUUGAUACCUACACCUUGAUUUUACAACUUGGAGCAAUUUUAACCACAGUUUCUGAAUGGAAAUAUUCAGGUUAUGUACUUCGAGUGAUUGUAUUUGUAGAAACUGAAGACGAAAUUGUCGAUGAAGAAAAGAGGCUUAAAGAUUUGUUAACAACCUUGAGAAUCCAGGCAGAAACCAAAAUUGUAUGUCUCAGUGAUGGGUCUCUUAGUUCAUACAAUUUUAUGGUAAGAGGGUACAAAGUAACUUCAGGAAAUAAGACUGAUUUUAAAAAUGUUGAUAGUUGUCUCCAAGGAGAACAAUGGUGGAGUAAUUUAUGUAACGCUCGAGAAGCUUUAAGAGAAAUCGAAAAGCAAAAAGCUGCCAAAAGAAGCGUGGCAGUCAAAAAAAGUAAUGAUACUUCUCUCUCGAGUAGUCAUAGAUUUGACCCAUUACUUCUCACGUCAGCUCUGCCUGAUAACCUUGGAGGAAGUCUUAGUUUCAAUGCAAAGAGAAGAAAUACGAUUUCAGGCUUACACGACAAAGGAAUUUCACUUUCUUUAAACAUGCGAACCCAAGGUGGUUCAUUUUUCCCAUCUGAAACAGUCGAAAGUAGCGAGAGUAGUGACGACGAAUUUGAAUAUGAUGAUACUGGUAGUGAGGGAACUAAUGAAACAGAUGAAAUUAGCUUUGGUCAAGGUGGUUAUUUGGAAGAGAUUUAUUCGUCAAGAGCUUCUAAGCCAACCAUUACGUCUAGUCAUCCACCUACCAGUGGAGCCACCACACCUAAACAUGUCAUUUCCAAAUACAGUACAGUUGAUCAACUUCGGAAACCAAAGAAGGGGGAAAAUGAACUUUUCCGCAUGAAUAAUAACCUUACUUCAGAUCAGAUUUCUAUUCGAUCCUCGAGAUCUAAUCUUAGGCCCAAUUUCCUGUCUGUGAAAGUUCCUCAGGCCAAGGUGAACGAUGAUGACGCUGGAUCAGACGAUGACAAUAUUCCAUCAAUAAGGUUUGUUAAUGAAGACGAGAAGGAUAACAAUGAGGAUGAUGAUGAAGAUGGAGGUGCUGAAAUUGAAAAUGAAAAUGAAGUAACUCAAGAACAAAACCAGGAUUCAACAUCAGUAAGUAGUCAAGAGAAACAUGGAAAUGAACUCUUCAUUGAUGUUAAAAAAAGAGAGGGUUCAGUUGAUCCGCUCACUAGAGCGACAGCAAGUGGAGCAAGUACUCCAAGACGUAUAACGAAGGAAAACAAACGCCAAUCGUCUGCUUUAUUUUCAAACGGUGAUGAUAUCAUUCAAAAAUUGAGAACUCCAAAAUUCUCCCCUAAUGAGGAUAUUGAGCAAGAAAGGUCAAUGCAACCACCAUCCAUUUCAUUAACUCCAAGUGGAUCCGGUCCUCAGUCCGUAUGCACAUCACCGAUCAUGGAGGCCAUGGGUUCGAGGAAAAAUGAUGAAGUUACAAGGAUUGAAGGAAAUGACGAUGCAACUAUUAGUCAAAAGCAAUUACAGGAAGAGUUGAAACUGCUCACAUUCAAUGAUAUCCCAGCCAAAGGUCAACAUUUAAUUUUGAAUGAACUUAUGAGACGUAACUCUCCAAAUAACGAGACAGGUGUGAUAUUUUCCACAUUACCAGCACCUAACAUUGGGACUCAUUUAGAUGAAGCCGAGGCGUUUGAAUAUACUAAUAACCUUGCUAUAUUAUUGGACAACCUUCCUCCAGUCCUCCUCAUUAAUUCGCAAACUAUUACGGUCACUACAGCUUUGUAAUCAAAAGAGGUUGAACAAAGAAUCAACCGUCGACAUUAUAGAAAAUAAAUAAAAGACAAGAAAACGUUAAUACUCAAUUUA